AUGACCAGGGGUGCUGGGACGUGUUGGCAGCAAGAAGAUGACGACGGCUUCCAAAUCUGGCUAGAGCCCCCCCGCGACAACCAAAAGCCAUUCACCGACUCAGAGAGGGCGCAGAGAUGGCGACUGUCCUUGGCAUCCCUCUUGUUCUUAACCAUCCUCCUCUCUGAUCACCUGUGGUUCUGCGCCGAGGCCACACUGGCCCGGACCCGGGAUAAGUUCGCACCCUCCUCCCAACACCACCCCCUCUCACCCCAGACCCACUCAGCACACAGCAGCCUCAGUGGAAAACCAGAUGCUAUUUUUAUAGGAAACUCUACCCAACAUUUGUGGCAGCUUGAAACUUGCCACCAGGAUAGUUUAUCUAAGAACUGCUUUACUUACGCAAAUGCCGAGCAUUUGUGCAAGGGCCUUUCCAACAAAGAGGGGACGCGGGCUGUAAAUAUGAGCGAUUUGUACCUUUCCUUUUGUAACUCCCACUCUCUGCUGGAUUUGUUUAACGGGUCGACGAGUCCGGACAAUUUGAACUGCAGCCUCGACGUGCUCGGCGAUGGCGACGAGACCAGAUGCGUCUACUGCGUCCAGGCGUACCAGCGCUACGACCUGCACGCCCAGGAGAAAUACGAGGACUUUGAGCUCCUCACACAGAAAUAUGAGCCGGGGGCAUAUUCAGUGAGGACGUGCAUGGAGCAGUGCAAGACGGCCUAUAAGCCCUGGCUCUGUGCUCAGUUUUUCCCCACCACCCAGCAGUCUUGUCAGAAGAAGAUACCAUGCUACCAGUACUGCCUGGAGGUCCAGCAGAGCUGUCCGUUCAUCCUGCCCGAUAACGACGACUUGAUCCACGGCGGCAGCCCCAGCUUCAUCUGCACAGGGCUGUUGAGAGAUCAUCCAUCAGACAGUGAGGCGGAGUGCUGUGACGUUCGAUGGGACUCCAAAAUGGACAACCCCUCAGGCGGGACGCUAAAAAGGACUGCUUCUUCCUGCCAGCCCGAGGGGGCUUCGGUCACCUCCGCCGCCACCCCGAGACUGUGCAGCGGGCGACUGAAGAUCUGCCUGCUGGCCCUCGUCCUCCUACACACUGUCAUCAUCAUUUCAGCCUCUCAUAAUUCUACGUUGGUGGGCGUGGCUGCCAUUUUCUCGCCAGAGGAGAGCACUUCUAACGAGGAGUGA